UCGAUGCGAGGUUAACUUCCUCCUCCAGUUCUGGCUUUUUGCCUUCGCAGCGAUUCGAGUUGUGAAGUCCAGACGGUGCUAAUGUGUGAAGAGUGGCACCGGAGAAAAUGUCUCCUGGUUUAUUAUCUUCCUUAAAUCCCAACACCGAGUGAAUUUGUCACUUUUUUUAUUGAAUUUUUAUCCCAUCGAGGCUCCGCCAACGACAAUGUUGGCGUCAUGUAGGCUGUGCUCCCCAGACUUUGGAAAACAAAUCGGGUAUUGUCGGUGAAUACUCGGGAGAUGGCAGAAUAGUUCGACCCUUGUCAGUCCCCGAGCCUUCGUUAGAGCACUUUGACAAGAAGUUUCUCCUCUCUGGAAGACCAGGAAACUCUCAACCAUAAAGACUCCAUUGGCAGCAGGAUGUAGUGACCCAGGUCCACAAUGACAGCUGGCGACAUGUUUCUCUUGGUUUUGAUAGUCCUGGUUGUUCCCUGCUCUAGCUUGGAGGGUGAGAGCAGUGAAAGGAACUUUGUAUGUGUGUGUGAUGGAUCAUCAUGCGAUAGUGUGGACCUGUGUUUUGGCCGACAGUGCUUCACCUCUCUUUCAAUCCUGAAUGGGGCAUCAGUCCUUCAGAAGGGCUGCAUUGUGGUUAAUGAAGGGCCUCUGAUCUGUGGAAUCCCACCAUCGCCUGACAUGGUAGUACAAUGCUGCUCUGGGGAUUUGUGUAACAUGAACGUCUCCUUGGAAUCACAUGGGAAAGAUACAGAACUGUCUGCUGGCAGACCAGUCCUCAGAGACCAGGAGUGUGUGUGUGAGGGCGGCGUGUGUGAGCGUGACCAUCGCUGCACAGGGCAGCAGUGUUUCUCCUCUCUGAAGAUGAUUGAUGGGGUGGCUGUCCAACAGAAGGGCUGCCUGAGGGACAAUGAGGAGGGCAGAACCACCUGUGCCGUACCACCUUCAUCGGCCCAUGUUAUAAAGUGCUGCCAGGGCCAUCUGUGUAACAUGAACGUCACUGUGCAAGCUCCUGGGAAAGAGGAGGAAGUGAAGGCCCUGAUUAAACAGGAGCAUGAGUGCGUGUGUGAAGGCACCUCAUGUGAAACUGGCAAUCGCUGCAUGGGCCACCAGUGCUUCUCCUCCCUGACAGUCAACGGGGGCUCCUUGGUGUACCAGAAGGGCUGUUUUAAAGUCUAUGAGCAGAGCACGUUGACCUGUAAGACCCCACCUUCCAGGGACCAGAUUGUGGAGUGCUGCCAGGGGCCCCUGUGUAACAUGAACAGCACUGUGGAGUUGCCUGUCAAAGCUGAUGAGCUGCCAAACUACAGUGUGACCACCCUGACUGUUGUCAUUGUGGCGCCCAUCAUCGUCCUCAUCAUCCUCUCCGCUAUCGCGAUCCUGGUGUUCAGACGCAUUCACCACAACCAAAUGGAGAGAUUAACAUCCCGAGAUGCUGAAUAUGGAACUAUUGAUGGCCUCAUAGCAUCAAAUGUGGGGGAGAGCACUCUGGCGGAUUUACUGGAUCAUUCGUGCACUUCUGGUAGUGGCUCAGGACUUCCAUUCCUUGUUCAGAGAACUGUUGCUCGACAAAUUACACUCAAUGAGUGUGUGGGUAAGGGCCGUUAUGGUGAAGUGUGGCGUGGUCAGUGGCAGGGGGAAAGUGUUGCUGUCAAAAUCUUCUCCUCCAGAGAUGAGAAGUCCUGGUUCAGAGAGACUGAGAUCUACAACACAGUGCUGUUGAGACACGAGAACAUCCUUGGCUUCAUAGCUUCGGACAUGACCUCGAGGAACUCCAGCACUCAGCUGUGGCUCAUCACUCACUUCCAUGAGAUGGGCUCUUUGUACGACUACCUUCAACUCAGCACCCUUGACGCAUCCAACUGCCUCCGCAUGGCGCUCUCCAUCGCAAGUGGCCUGGCACAUCUCCAUGUGGAGAUCUUCGGCACUCAGGGCAAACCAGCCAUCGCCCACCGAGACCUUAAGAGCAAAAAUAUAUUGGUUAAAAAGAAUGGACAGUGCUGCAUUGCUGACCUUGGUCUGGCAGUGAUGCAUUUUCAAGACACCAACGAGCUGGAUGUGGGGAACAACCCUAAAGUGGGCACAAAGCGCUACAUGGCCCCCGAGGUCCUCGAUGACUCUAUCCAGAUGGACUGUUUUGAGUCCUACAAGAGAGUGGACAUCUGGGCUCUGGGCCUCGUCCUGUGGGAGAUUGCCAGAAGAACAGUCAGCAAUGGUAUUGUGGAGGACUACAAGCCGCCUUUUCACGACGUGGUCCCAAGUGAUCCCAGUUUUGAGGACAUGAAGAAAGUUGUGUGUGUGGAUCAGCAGAGGCCCAACAUCCCAAAUAGAUGGUUUUCAGACCCCACUUUAUCCUCCAUGGCCAAACUCAUGAAGGAGUGCUGGUACCAGAAUCCGUCAGCCAGAUUGACAGCGUUGCGCAUCAAAAAGACUCUCACAAAGAUCGACAACUCUCUGGACAAAAUCAAAACAGACAUUUGAGCCUGCCUUGAAAAGACGAGACAGACGUACACUAAAGGCCUUUAGAUACAUCAUGAGGGUGGACCAGCGUCGAGAAAUCUCAACAAUCAAAAGACUUGGAUAGGAUCAGUGCCCUUAUAGUGGCACAGACCGAUAUUUAUUUUGAAACACUUGGCAGGACACAUUUUGGCAUCCAAAGAUGGCUUACCGGGCAUUCCUGAGACUGCCAGUGGUCUUGGAAAAUAGGAAAAUAUCUACUCCACUUAUAACACUGUUAGGGACGUUCUUCAAGGAAGAAACUGGUUACCUGGGCAUUUCAGUAGGCUUGUAUUUGUUAGAACUACAGUUUUUUUUCUUAUUAGGUUGGAAAAUGUCAUUAACAUAUUAGCAGCAUCACUUUAUCAUUAUGUUAUAGUACUUCAGUUUUCCUUUGAUUUAUCGUGGAUUGGUUUGGGAAAGAAGUCAACUUGCCAACUGCGCUUGCCAAUUUACCAAGCAUACUUUUUUAUAAACACUAAAGUCUGGUUUAUACUCGUCGUCAUCAAAACUAUGGAUCCAAAAGUUCUCGCGACACUAAUUGACAAACACAGGGAAGGAGUCUGAUGUCAGCAUUAUCAAAGGCUGUUUGGGGGUACAGACACUUUCCAAAUCUAUCUCUUUUACGACCUUAAUACAGCAUAUUAGACAAUAUAUUUUUUUUAUACAUAUUUAACCUUUAUUUUACUUGGUAACCCUAACCCAUGUCACAUUGAGAUCAGAGACAGUGUCUAUUAAACAGCAUCAUAUGUGUGAAUUGUGUAAAUUAGUCAGACUUAAAGGUCAGGACCCUCAGAUGGCUCACAGGAUGAAACGUACAGAAAAUAAAUGUGAUUUAUUUAUGAAAAAUAUGUCUCGUUAAUCUCUUUAAAAAUAAUAUUAGGUGUCGCAGAACUGAAUGAAUCUGCUUUUUGUCAAAAUAUAUAUAUUGUGAAUUGGGAUGCAACGAUAUGUCGCCUCUAAAAAGUGAGUCCCCGUAUAAUAAAAUGCUAGUGUAAAUAAAAGGUUACAAUGUUUAAAAACAAAAAAAAAAAAGCAGUUCCCUUAAGUUAUUUUUUAGACAAAGUUAUUCAUAGCAGACACUGUUACAGCAAAUACUGAUCAACACUGCAUUAGUACCUGAACAUAGGCUCUCAUCUACUCUAAUGUAACCACUAAUGUAUAUGCAUCGUUAUUUCCAGAAAUAUGCUACUUGUUGACUUCCGGCUUAUCCACACGCCUCGCGGUCCAGAGCAUAUUGACAUUUGACGUUGCCUCACGCGAGUAUAAACAAGGCUUCAGGGUCACAGCAUGUAGUGUUUUACUUUGUGUCAUGCACUCCUGUUUACAAUGCUGUCAGAACAAGUUUCUCAGGAUCUCACGGAUCCUCUCCACAUUCUAGCUGUACAGAUGUCUAUCAGUGGCGCUGCCCUUUUCCUCACUCGUCCAUCAGAAAGGAACUCCCGCCGCAGAUUUUUUUUAAAUAUUGAAUUAUACCGUAUACCUGUUCAACGUUUUUGUUUCUUCAGCUUUACAGACACAAACAGCUAAAAAAGAACAAAUAAAAUAUCUGCUAGGUGACGCUGAGCUCGUGUUCUCCAGAGGCCUGUGAGUGAAGCCUGUAAAGCCUGUAUACCGUCUUAACGCGUGCAUUGUUGUCUUAAUGCGUGCAUUGUCAAGUAAAUGAAGUCAAACUUCAGCUUUUUUUUUUAUUAUUAUUAUUUCUUUAACAUUUUAUAUCAAUUAGUGAUUUAUAUGAAUUAAAUAGAAAAAAAGUAUUUAAUCUGUCUCACUUGUCUUGAUCAGUUUGCUCCAUCCUGAAGAAUCCUGAAGCUAUUCAUGGUA